GAUUCAUACCAACUCAGUCACCCUCUGCCCUUGUACGUAAGAGGUUGCUACGCCGCACCUCACAUCACUGCCGCGUCUAACAAGUGGUGCCCGACCGUGUCAAAAAAACAGGGAUUAUGCAAGCCAUCAAAUGUGUGGUGGUGGGCGAUGGAGCCGUGGGUAAGACCUGCCUCCUCAUCAGCUACACCACGAAUGCCUUCCCCGGAGAAUACAUCCCCACAGUAUUUGACAACUAUUCGGCCAAUGUGAUGGUGGACGGCAAGCCAAUCAACCUGGGACUGUGGGAUACGGCGGGACAGGAGGACUAUGACCGCCUGCGUCCCCUCUCCUACCCCCAAACCGACGUGUUCCUCAUCUGCUUCUCUCUUGUCAACCCCGCCAGCUUUGAGAACGUCAGGGCAAAGUGGUACCCAGAGGUGCGGCACCACUGCCCUAACACACCCAUCAUCCUGGUCGGUACCAAGCUGGAUCUGAGGGAGGACCGAGACACUCUAGACAAGCUCAAGGACAAGAAGCUAUCGCCCAUCUCAUAUCCCCAGGGUCUGUCCAUGGCAAAGGAGGUCGGAGCCACGAAGUACCUGGAGUGCUCAGCCCUCACUCAGAAGGGCCUCAAGACGGUAUUUGACGAGGCCAUCCGAGCCGUGCUUUGCCCCAUCAAGCCACCCAAGCCCACUCGCAAGUGUAGGAUCCUCUAAGGGCAGCUGCUGUGCCCAAGAGAGGGUUCCGUCAAUCUCUAGCAGUGGCCAAUGAACAGCCUCUCCCCUCGCCUGACAUGUUGCCCCGAGUGCCAGACUAGUUCAUCCAAGGCUACGGUUCUUGUCUUAUUUUUUCACCUCUUCAUUCUCUUCCUCUUUUUCUUCUGACCCAUUGUAACCUUAAUGCUUUAGCUUUAAGGAAAUUAUCAUUGACCUUGCACUAUUUGUCAGGGUGAAAGGGAGACUCGUGUGUGUGUGUGUGUGUGUGUGUGUGUGUGUGUGUGUGUGUGUGUGUGUGUGUGUGUGUGUGUGUCUGCGCACGCACGUAAAUCAACAAGUAUACAUAUUUGUUGUGGCUUCAUAGCCUAACUUUUUUUCCCACAUAAGGAUAUUUGCCACAGUCAGUCCCAGAGUUAAACAAAGAGUGACAUCAAUGGCAACAACAUUUACCACCUCAAAAAUCCUGCAAAUCCACUGGGAUAAACUUUGAAUCCUUUCACAGAAGCAACCAUUGAAGCUGAGAAGACUUGGGACACCUUGUCUUACUCUCCGUACAAAAUCAACAAGGGAGAGUUUCCUUUCUUUGUUUCUUACACUCUUGGGCUAGAAAGCUUAUCUAUGUUUACAGGAACAUAGGGCACUGGGGGUGGGCUGUACAGUUGUGUGUGGUGUGUGUCUGUGUAUGUAUGUAUGUAUGUAUGUAGCUUCACUCCAUCCCCACCAGACUGCCAGCCUGCUCCUUCUCAUUGCCACCACACGUGGAAUCCUAUUACUUAUAUAUGUUACAUUUGUAUUUUUGGGGGCAAAGUAUAUACCAACAUUUAGGGAUUUAUUUCUUUUCUUUUUUAUUUUUGCAUCAGUAGUGUAGACAAACAUAUAGCAGUGGAAGAUGUACUGCAAAAUUUAAUUGGAGAGUAAGUACAUUCAUCUACUUUUGGCCAAGAUUCAACCAGUUUAAGAGAGAGAGAGAGAGAGAGAGAGAGAGAGAGAGAGAGAGAGAGAGAGAGAAGAUAGAUUAUUUGUGCCUUGGUAUGUUACUUUCAAGAGAAGUAUAACCAUUUAAUUUUUUGUGGUGCGUAGGGAGACUUUUUUGUGAUGUGCACUGGAUGAGUGAAAAAAAAAAGAACAAAAGAAAGAUUUGUACAAGAAGUGCUGGAUCCUGUGAGUGGCAAGUGUGUGUGUGUGUGUGUGUGUGUGUGUGUGUGUGUGUGUGUGUGUGUGUGUGUGUGUGUGUGUGUGUGUGUGUGUGGUGAGCUAAGAACACUGUAAGGGUGCUAGUGGAAUGAGAAUGAGUCUAAGUGCAGGUAACACAUGUGGAGUGGUGAGGUGUUAGGGUGAUUGCUGAGGUGGUGAGUGUGCUGUUAGAGGGAGGAGUAGGUGGUCAUGGCAGUGGUGGUGAUGGAGUGAAAUUCUUUACUCUCCUAGCCAGGCAGGGAAAGAAAAGUUUUGUUUUUCAGUGCAGGAGAAUUGGAUGUGACUUGCAAUAGCUAACAAUCUUUCUGGGGUCUAAGGAGCAUUUAGUGUUGUGGCUCAUUGCACUAACACAUAAAUGUGCUUGAAAAAAAAAAAAAAAAUUAAAGGCGAUUGCUUCUGAUAUCUGUGAUUAUGAUCAGUAUGGUAAAUGUCUAACCUUUUCCUGUAAGAAAUGUCAUAGUAGCUUAUGCACAAAACUACUAAUGAGACAUGAUUGGGUAGUGCUGUUUAUAGUUGUAUUCAGACUCCUCACAGCUGCCGGUCUGCUGGCCUCAUCUCAUCAGUGAAUCUUUCUCCCUGAGCCGUGGGGACACCAGCAGUUCCUGGCUUUAGAAUUUUGUAAAAAUAUAAAACUUCUAUUAUACAUAAGAUGUAAAUGGAUACCAAGAAAAUUGUGAUUUUUGUGAUGUGUGGACUGAAGAAGCCUGACCGACGCUUCCACGUAGUUAGUGAAGAAAACAAGAAGGAGCUGUUGUUGAGAUUCUUCAUUUGUCGUGUCUCGUGCUGAGCCCCAGUGCUGCGCCUCCGGGGGCCACACCGCUGCUGCCACCGUCACUGUCACCUCCUCCCUUACCGCACCCAGGCUGGCAGUCCCCCCGGUGAGGCAUGGCAGGCGGGGCAUCACUGGGGUUAAGGAUAUGUUUUUUGUCAUAUAUCCAUGACUCAUUCAAUACCAUUACAGAGAAAUCAGAUGUAGUGUAGCAUUUGUGCUCAGAUAGUUUGGUAAUAACAUACUGCAGACUUCACGAGCCUCUUCAUUACAUACAAAAGAAAUAUUUAUUCAUGACGGAAUCAUUGCAUGUUCUAUUGUUGUUGUUUUUUAUUAAGUUGCUUAACAGUAAGUGUUAAUGGUGAAAAAUAUUGCUUGUACAUAAAGUUUUAUAUCUGCCGUACUGCGGUCAUGCUGGAUCACGUAAGAUAAUGUCAAGGAUAAAUCGCUUUUACCAUAAAUUGAAUAUUUUUGAGUGCAUCUCCUCUGUGCUAGUAUAUAUAUAUGUACAAGUAUAAUAUUAUCAAGGUAUUUGUCACAUAUACAUACUGGACACUGUUGUAUUAAAAACCUUAAAUAGUAGUAAGUUUCCAAGACCCCCAAGCUUGGGGGCGAUUGUGCCCGUGCCGUCACCCCCAGGCAGCAGGGAGCUGUGGGCCGCCAGCUGCAGCAGUGUGGCAACUGAGCCACAGCUGCUGCAGUUGUGGAAAUAGGAGGUUGAGAAAUGUCAGACACCUUCUUCCACCUUUCCAUAAGUAAGCGCAGAAUGUGAUGUCUUUUGUGUGUCAUUUUGUCAGAAGGCAUCAUAGACAAGUACAGGCUGCCACAGAACUGUCCUUGCCUCCUUGGUCUGAAAAGAGAUCACUGUGGCUCCUUAUUAGUUUAUUAUUUAUUGAUGAUAUAUGUACAGACAGAGUAUCGCUAUUGUGAAAUUAAGUAACUCUUCAACCUUUGUGACAACCUCUCAAACAACACAAGCUCAGUCACACCACAAGGAGGAAAGGCACUUCUUGGGCAGCCUGCACCAAGCCUCCCAUAGGAUGAAAAAAGAAAAUAUGAGGAGGUUGAUGUGAAAUUCUGUCAAACCUUUUCUUCUUCCAUCUUUUCAUUAUUAUGUGUAGGAUGUGAUUGAUGCCUUUGCUAUGUGAAUUUUCUAAGGGUAUGUACCAGCCUCCCUGACUUUCUCAAGAUGAUGUACAGUAUUGCUGACACAGAUCAGACACCAGACCAGCAGGACAUAAUGAUGUACUUUAAAAGAGGGAACCUUGUUUGGUGUAUGUCUUGCUGCCCCCUCAGGUAAUGAGAAAAAGCCUUGCAUUUUGUCAACUUUAUAUUAUGAGGGUUAAAACACUACUACUGUAUCCUGUUACCUCUUGGACCAGUGUCAGUAGGAAAACUAUUUCAACAAUUACCACAUACUACUAAUGCUGCUACUACUACUACUACCACCACCACUACUAUUAAUAAAGGCAUGUUGCUACCAUUCCUGACAAGUCCAGAGAUGACAUAGAUACACACUUCAUAACAGCAUUGUCUUGUAAUCAAGUAACUGACGAGGGAGGACUCUUGUCUUUAUAUAUGCUUAUAAGUACAUAAUACACUGACCCCUGAGGUUUCUCUCUCUCUCUCUCUCUCUCUCUCUCUCUCUCUCUCUCUCUCUCUCUCUCUCUCUCUCUCUCUCUCUCUCUCUCUCUCUCUCUCUCUCUCUCUCUCUCUCUCUCUCUCUCUCUCUCUCUCUCUCUCUCUCUCUCUCUCUCUCUCUCUCUCUCAUAGUGCAUUGCGGCCAUCCUCUUGUGAGAGGUGUGCUCUACAACAGGUAAAUUUUCUUGCUUAGAAUAUGAUUAAUUUUUUCCCUUCAUUUAUUGCUUUCAUCUUCCUUCCUUCUGUCCUUCCCAUCCACCCUUCCUUUCUCCUCCUCCUCCUUAUCUAUCUCACUUGGUGGCUCCCUGAUGGUGAUGGUGGUGGUGGUGAUCAGGGUCUUCUAAAGUGCCAGGGUUUUUGGUGCUAAUGUGCUUACAAUGUGUGGUUACUAGAUGUGGUUUUCAUCCCCACCCUUCCAAACCAACACACUUUUUGAUUUUUAUAAUGUUAGAUUUCUUGAUAGCUUUCCUGCCCUUGGUCAACAUACACAGAUAUCAGUAAUUCAGCAAUGUAAGGAUUCCAUGGUUUGUUGUUGCUGGCUUUUAUUUCUCACGAUAUGAUUUGUAGUUUUGAAAAUAUCCAGUGUAUGUAUAUAUCUUUUCUUAAUACAAUAUCCUAUAAUAAUUCAUUUACAAUUGGGAAUUUAUUGAUCAUUUUUGUUAAUUUGCUCAUUACAUUUUAAAAUACAUUAAAAGUAUCUACUUUGUUUUCAUUGGUGCUUUAUCAAGGCUUACACUGAACCAUGCUCAUAACCAUUAAGCUGAAACUUUGCACUUCAAACUGCAUUCUCAAGCACCUUCCUACAUUGUCUCAAGUUGUAAUAGCUUGUAUCAGAAGUGGGGUUUUCAAGGGUAUUCUAAUGAAUGUAGUGAUAACGGGGUUUUACGUCAUUAAGAUAAAGAAACAAGAAAUAGUCAUGAAAAUCCAACUACGUGACUUGAAGAUAGUGCAUAUUGGGGGAGGUGUUUGAGAAUACAGGCCUCAGUGUCUUAGAUUAGCAUCAUCUGCAUCUAACCUAACCUGACCUUUAGUAAUGCCCUGGAUGUCUACACUUCCUCCUCCUCUUUAUGCACCAUGUGUUUUUCACUUUAUUCUGAUGCAUUGAUUUGAAUUUGCUGGUUUCCAAGUACUUUCUUGAGUCUUCCAUGGAUAAAGUGAUGUCUUUGUUGGUAAUCUUAAUCUUAAAAAUCUUUCUGUCCCACCUUUCUUUUACUCCCCUCAUUCCACCCUUCACCUUCCUCUGUGGGUCAACUCUUACAAAUGAAAAAUGUCUAGAUAUGAAGUUCCAUCCAUUUUGUCUCAGCUGUGCUGCCGAAAUUGCUAAGAAGAGUUAACAAAGCGAGUAGGUACUAACAAUAAUAUCCUUGUCUGGUACAUUACUACUGUAUGAGAAGAGAAUAUUGUACACACACUAAAGAAAAAGAACAAUUGUUGCUACAUCGGCUACGAUGAGAAGGAAUCAAGAUAUGGUUGUUUGAUGGGCACAAAUCCAACACAAACUUGGGGACACGUGUAGAGCCACUUCCAGCCCGGCGCGGGGUGUCGCACCGCUCGCCACCUCGCCGCCCUGCCGGCCUCGCCAACACUCCUCAUCUUUCGCGCGUAGCCUAUAAUUAUUGUGCACAAAGUUCAGUGAUUACCAUGUUCAAGUUUGUAAAGUGUUUUUACAUUUGUAAAUAGUGAUGUCAAAGUAAUGAAUAAUAAAACUGUAUAAUUAUUUUA